GAACUCUCAGAGUUUUUUUUUUUUUUUUUUUUUUCAAUUCCACUCAGGAGGGUGACUGGGAAGAUAGUGCGGCAACUCUGUAAUUCCUCUGCCUCCCCCUAAACCCAUCAAAUCCAAGGAGGCUGGGAGAGAUCCUUACCAUGGUAUUUUUGGGGGUGGCUCCACAGUCGUUCUCUACUCCAAGCUGGCAGAUUGAGAAACAGUAUUCGACCAGAGUGCUCACUGGAAACUGGCUGGAAGAGAGGGGGAAGUUCAUCAAAGCCACUGAGAAGACACCCCAGAGCCUUCAUAGAAAGGAGUACGUCCCCUUCCCCGGCCACAAGCCUGAUCGGAUCUCCAGGUGGUAUAGGGAGAGGAAAAAUGAGGGGAUCCCGUACAAACACCUGAUCACCCACCACCAGGAGCCCUCCCACCGCUACCUGAUCAGCUCUUAUGACGACCAUUACAACAGGCAUAAUUACAAUCCGGCCUUGCCCACUCUCCGCACCUGGAGUAGACAGAAGUUGCUGUGGCUUCCAGAGAAGGUCGACUUCCCUCUUCUUGCUCCGCCCACAAACUAUGGACUCUAUGAGCGGCUGAAGCAGCAGUGGAUGCUCCCCAAGACUGGCUGGAGGGAGAGCGUCUACACUUCCUCCUACCCCAGACCGCCCUUGAGCGCUAUGUCCAGGCGGGAGCAUGCCAUCCCCGUGCCUCCCCCUCGCCUGAAGCCACACUUCUGAGAACUGCCGCCCCACCAGCAGCUCGCAUGAGCCACCUGGAGAGCCCGGGCAGCCCUGCACGGGCCAGCGUGGAGUGUUGGAGCUCGCCCAUGGAGCAGCUCCUAGAAUCAGGCAUGUCCCCCAACCCACGGUUCUGUCUUCUCCAUCCCACAAUUAAAGCUCUUGGAUGUGG